CUCCGGGUGCGUGGCAGACGAACCAUUUGUCAAUCGCGUCUCCAAAUGUCGUGCUUCACUUCCGAGCUGAUUCGCCGAGGCUGGGGGGUAUAUGAACGGCCUCAACUUCCACGACCAGAACAGAAUCCGCUUGUCAUCAUCCGGCGCCACUAAGACGUGAUCGAGUUGCCAGCCAUAAUACUGCACCUUCAUCUCUAUCCCCAGUCACUCCUCGUCAAGAUAGGCAACUCUACGCCCAUCGCAGCCAAUCAUCCACCAGCACCCAUUUCAAAAUGCCGUCUGCCACCAUCGACCAUGCGCAGGACGCCAUUGUCGGCGGCCACCCAGACAGCCGACCUCGCCUGGCCAAGCCCCUGACAUAUGCCGGCACCCUGGACAGCUUCCAGCAAUUCGACGUGACCCCGGUCAUUGGGCGCGAAUUCUCGGGACUGCACCUGCGCGACCUGCUCAAGGGCUCGGACGAGCAGAUGCGCGACUUGGCGCUGACCAUUUCCCAGCGAGGCGUCGUCUUUCUUCGUGGGCAGGGCGAUGCCACGCCCAUGGAGAUGAAGGACUUUAUGCUGCGGCUGACCGAGGCCAGUGGAUGCCCGGCAAGCUCCGACCUGCAUGUGCAUCCCCUGACUGAAGAGGGCAGCGAGCUGGGCGAUCAGGUCAGCGUUAUCUCGAGUGCGAAGCAGAAGAAGGGCGGAGGCUUGACCCAUCAGUUGAGCGAUGUGAGCCGCUUUGCCAGCACCGGGUGGCACAGUGACAUCACCUUUGAGAAGGUCCCUUCAGACUACGCGAUGCUCAAGAUCCACACCCUGCCCCCGACAGGCGGUGACACUCUCUGGGCCUCCGGGUACGAGAUUUAUGACCGUCUCUCCCCUCCCAUGAAGGCCUUCCUCGAGACUCUGACCGCCACACAUGACGCCUCCUUCUUCCACGACGAGGCAGAGCGUCUCGGCAACCCCCUCCGCAAGGACAAGCGCGGCUCUCCCCUCAACCAAGGCGGUGACCUGCGCGCGGUGCACCCUCUCAUCCGCACCAACCCCGUCACCGGGUGGAAGUCCGUCUAUGUCAACAAGGGCUUCACCAAGCGCAUCAACGACGUCACCAAGGACGAGAGCGACGUGCUCCUCGCCUACCUGUUCAACCUGGUCACCCAGAACCACGAUGCGCAGGUGCGUUUCAAGUGGAGUGCCGGUGACCUGGCCAUCUGGGACAACAGGUCGACUUUCCACUGCGCGACGUAUGAUUACAGUGCCGACAGAGCGGGCGAUCGUGUCUGCAGCUUGGGCGAGGCGCCGUAUCUUGAUCUGAACAGCAAGAGCAGGAGAGAGGCGCUGGGACUGUGAUCACUAGAUGAAACGAAAUAGUCAAUGAAUAGAAUGACAAAUUUAUUUCCGCA